AUGUCCCCGAUACUAUCCAUCAUUACAGCCCUCCUCGCUACGCCUCUACUAUCCGCUCAAUCUCCUCCAAUCAGAGAAAUAUGUAAAAGCACCGACAUCAUCACAAUCCUCUCGGCAGUAACCCAACAGACGCAUGAAUGGAACAUUGCUUUGCAGUCUACCCGAAAUGGUACCAUGGAAGCACAGAUCAUUAUGUCUGGAGCAAAGCAGCAACUUAUGCUCAUUCGAUCAGCCGAACGAGAAAACUGCACUGCCCCAACAGAUAACCAGGAAAAAGUCUGCGAAGCAAUCCGCGAAUUUGCCAACUUGGAGGAGGAGACACUGUACACUGUUAAAAGCAAGAAUAGUACCGUGAUCGGGACGCCAAAGUAUAACUUUAGCUAUGUUCUACAAUAUGAUGAGGAUGCCAUAAAUAGUUAUUUGUUUCGUCUAGUUGGGACAGUACCGGAAUGCAUUGGUGAGAUUGCGCCUCAAGUCGACUCUUUGGUGGCGUCUCUGAAGGAGGCUGUAAAUGCCUAUAGUGAAUAUUGA